AUGUUCGACCAAAAUAUGCAGCAAUCCUUGAAUCAGAGCCAAACCUCUAACAUAUCCGGAUAUAUUAUUAGCUUGAACCUCCGGAUUGAGGCAGCAGGAAACGACAAUCAGAGGGGCGAGCCCAUCAUCAUAAGAGCGACGGACAUUGACAAGAACUCAUCUUCAGCGGAAGAUAACGAGGCUCCCACUCUUCUGGAGGAGCACAUUCAUGAAAAGAACGAGGACUCUGUAGCCAAACUCAAAGAACAACUGCAACUUGCAGACUUGUGCUAUUCAAAACUGGAAGAGAUGUACCAAAAAUGCAGGCUUUGUUGGUUAGAGGAAUGUUAUCGGACCAAAAUUUUGGAGGAAUACGCACCAAGUGAGAUCAUCACAUACUCUCCUCGUCAGAUCACAUGGAAUGCCCCUUCCCCCACUCAAAACAAUGAGGACAACAAAAUUGAAUACCAGGAUGCGGUUGCCGAUAUUGUCCAGCUGAGCGGUAAAAGCUUCUGUCAAAACAUCGAACACAUCCAACCAACGUACGAGUAG